AUGGACAGGGGCGAGGUGUCAGUUAACCCUUGGAAGGUAUCGGAGAACGAAGUCAUCUCCGCCCGCUGGAAUACCCGGUCGACACCGCCUAGUUCGUUUUCCGAAUCCAGAGGGCCGUCUUCAAAGAGAAAUAAGCUCCUUCGAGCCUUCCGCUUGUCCUGUUACGGAAAGUCUUCGGUCGUGGUCAAUCAGGUUGCCGAGGAGAGCGACGACGCUAGUCUAGAGACCACUCCGGUGGGUCCCACCUUGGUCGAGUUCUGGCGUAAUGAGGAGACCGGAUGGUGGAACACCGACAAGGACGGCGGCGCUCUCAGGCACAAGGACACGGGCAACUUCGCCCUCCCACAAACUCCGAUGAAUCGAGGAGCCGGCGUAAAUCUGAAGACGACGAAGGCUAUGCAUGGAUCGUUGUUCACCAAACGUUUUGGUUUGACAAGGCUUGCCAAGGCGGAACACGAAGUUGACGUCUGUAGCGAGUCCAGUUCGGACUUGUUCGAGCUCGAUAACAUCUCCACCAUCACCCUCGCCUACGGUGUGGCUGGCGGCGCGCCGAGGGAGGCGAGCAUCGACCGGAGCGUUGUGACGGCCAAAGCCGCCGAAUUCUCAUCGGCGCUGGGCGGCUGGUGGCGGUUCUCUGAGUCGGCGAGGAGACGACAGAAACACCAGAGGGACUGUGGGAUGCCACUGCUGGGGUGUCGGAGCAGGAAGGCCGUCGACGUCUCCACGAGCGCCCACAGGGUGCUGGUGAAGACCGGUCCAGGCAAGUGGCAAUUGCGCAACAGUGCGGUGGCUCAGACAUCUCCGGCGGAUCUCAGGCAGAGUCCGGCGAAGCAUCUCCUCGCGGGGCGCAGGAUUUCGGCACCGGUCCCUACACUUUCCCUAUGGUGA